CCCGUCGCGUUGUGACGUCAUGCGUCCUGCGCUGCGACGUCGUGGUUUUAUGAGACUGAUAAAAGGUGACAAAAAAAGUUUCCAGGCAAGCAGGAGCCCUGACACACAGUUGAAGAUGGAGUUUAUUAAAGUGGAGAUUGUGGACAUGAGUGAUCUAGAACCCUGCAAAGUGAAAGAUGAAUAUACUGAGGAGGAGAGAGAUGGAGGUGAAAGAGGAAGGAGAAGAACCGGAGAACCGCUUUAUAGAAACGCCUGAAGAUUUCAAAGCUGGAGAAGAGUCUUUGACUGAAGAGAAACAUUCCUUCUCCUGCCCUCAGUGUGAAAAGACCUUUGCGCAUAAAGGAAACCUUAGGGAUCACAUCAAAAUCCACAUCGGAGAGAAGCCGUACGCGUGCCGUCUGUGCGGAAAGAGCUUCGUUCACAAAGGACACCUUAAUGAUCACAUGAGGAUCCACUCGGGAGAGAAGCCUCACGCCUGCCAUCUCUGCCCGAAGAGCUUCACGUGCAAAGGAAGCCUUAGCGGCCACAUGAGGGUUCACACCGGAGAGAGACCGUACGCCUGCCAUCUGUGCGGGAAGAGCUUCACGUGCAAAGGAAGCCUGACGUGUCACGAGCGCGUUCACACCGGAGAGAAGCCGUUCACCUGCCCUCAGUGCGAAAAGAGCUUCUCGCACAAAGGAAGCCUGAAGUGUCACAUGAGGCUUCACAGCGAAGAAGGGCCUUUCGCGUGCAAUCAGUGCGGGAAGAAGUUCACGCAGCAAGAAUACCUGAAGAAUCACAUAAAGAUCCACGCCGGCGGGAAGCCGUUCACGUGCCAUCUGUGCGGGAAGGGUUUAACGUGUAAAGGGAGCCUGAAGUGCCACAUGAGGAUUCACACCGGAGAAAAACCCUUCACGUGCCUUCAGUGCGGAAAGAGCUUCACAAACAAAGGGAACCUUAAGAUCCACGCAAGGAUUCACACCGAAGAGAGUCCGCUGACCUGCCUCCAGUGCGGAAAGUGCUUCACGCACAAAGAGAACCUCAAGUGCCACAUGAGAGUCCACACCGGAGAGAAGCCCUUCACGUGUCUUCAGUGCGGGAAGAGUUUCGCUCGGAAGGUAAUCCUUCAGAACCACAUAAAGACGCACUCCGGGGAGAAGCCUUACACGUGCCACCAGUGUGGGAAGAGUUUCACCGAUAAGGGGUACAUCAAGCGGCACAUGCGGAGUCACACCGGAGAGAAGCCCUUCACGUGUCCUCAGUGCGGGAAGAGCUUCACGCACAAAGGGAACCUUAAGAUUCACAUCAGAAUUCACACCGGAGAGAAACCCUCCAAGUGCCCUCAGUGCGGGAAGAGCUUCACGCAUAAAGGACAGCUUAAGGAUCACAUGAGAAUCCACACCGGAGAAAAGCCCUACACGUGUCCUCAGUGCGGAAAGAGCUUCAAGUGCAAAGGACACCUCAAGACGCACAUAAGGACUCACACCGGAGAGAAGCCCUACGCCUGCCUCGAGUGCGGCAAGAGCUUCACCGUCCAGAGGAGCCUGAACAUGCACAUGAAAUACCACUCUGGAGAGAAGCUGCACGAGUGCUCCGAGUGCGGCAAGAGGUUCGCGGAGAGCAACACCUUCAAGACGCAUCUGCUCAUUCACUCGGGAGAGCGGCCGUUUAGUUGCGACCGCUGCGGGAAGAGGUUUAUCCUGGCGGCGCGGCUGAAGGCGCACCUGAAGCUUCACACGGAGGAGAGACCCUACCUGUGCUCUCUGUGCGGAGAGAGUUUCAAGCUGCUCGGGAGCUUAAAGUCGCACCAGAAGAUACACGCCAGUGAGAAAUCGCACGUGUGCCCCGAGUGCUGUAAGGCUUUUACCAGAGCCACGUACUUGAAGCGGCACCAGCGGACCCACUCCGGAGAAAACCCGGGGCAGGGUUCAUUAGCUCAAGAACCGUGAAACCGCAAGUAUGCCUACUGGAGAGAAACCAAGACAGGGGUUUCAGCGCCGCUCUCUGGUGGACCCUACAUUGGAAAAUGGAUUUUAAACACUUAAUGUAUCUACUGCUUCACUUUAUCCAGAGUAGAGCAGUCUUUGGUAAACAGUGUGAGACUCAGAGUGGUGAAAGGGGUGAAAUAACCGAAUGCUGUGCUAAUCUGUGCUCUUCAAAUGAAUGUAAGGCAUGUUAAAAUACUAGAUAAACAUGCCAUUUAUGCCACUAAGACAGUGCAGUUUGGAAAAAACAACACUAUCCCCUGAUUUCACAGGCAGAGCUUAAGCCUAGUCCUAGACUAAAAUGUAAAUGUGAGCUGCUUCGGCUGAAAGAAACUCACACGGAAUGAUCUUAAAACACCAGCAGUGCUUUUGUCCUAAUUGAUCGAUGGCUUAAUCUAGGCUUGAGCUAAGACCUGUCCAAGAAACCGGGCUCAUUGUGAUUUUAACAUGAUGAGUAUAUAAAAAAAAAAAAAAAAAAAUAUAUAUAUAUAUAUAUAAAAAGCCCAGUUGUUGUGUUCAAAGUACUAAAACUGACAGGCAAUGAUGCCUCUAAUUAAAGGGAUGGUUCAUCUCAUAAUGGAAAUGAAAUGUGCUGUUAAUUUAGGCCUUCCAAGAUCACGCUGGUUUUGUUUUCAUCUUUAGUAGAACAUUACAUUUCGAAAAGAUUUUUAGCUGAAACACGCUGAUCCGUAAAAUAAAAGUCAACUAAGAGUGAAAAAGCAUAUGAAGCAUGUUUCCUGUUGAUAUAUUGAGGUUUUAUGAAGCAAAAAAAUGAGUCUGUGCAAGAAACUGAACAUUAUUUACAACAUUAUCACCUUUAAUCCAGAGCCGAGUGAACCAAACCCUUAAAAGAAGGGGCUCAAUUAACGUUUUCAUGAUUUAUCAUUGUUUAUGUUAAAAGGAUAAAACACAAAGCAUCACUAGGGAUACUAGGAAAACGUUCUUUACUGUUCUAGAUCAUGUAAAAAGUCACGUACAUCUGGGAUUGCCUUAAAGUGAGUAAAUUAACAGCACAAUUUAAUUUAUGGAGAACUAUACUGAAUGCUUUUCCAUGCCUUUGCUGCAGAUUGAAAAAUCAAGCCACUCAUUAAAGAUGCACAUACUUGACUUUUUUCUUUUAAAAGCGCGGUCGAUCACAUUUCCGUUGUUAUUACAGUCUAAAGGCAGCAUUUAUUCCCUCCUUUGUGAAUAUUUUUGUAUUGCAUGUCUCAGUGGUCUCUUGUGUGCCUGUAUGAUUGCUGAAUGACAAUAAAGUUCAUCUUGAUUUA